AUGCGUUCAGCUAGUGAUAUUAAGGCUGAUCAGGAUAAAAAGCUGUUUGUCGGUGGAUUACACCAUUCUACGACCGAAGGUCAGUUGCGCGAGUUUUACUCUCAAUGGGGCGAAAUUACCGAUGUUGUGGUUAUGAAAGAUCAAAGAACUGGCAAAUCUCGCGGUUUUGGGUUUGUUACAUUUGCUGAAUCCUCUUCAGUGGAUGCAGCACAAGCUGCUCGCCCACAUACCAUUGAUGGGAAGACUAUUGAUUCAAAGCGAGCCAUGCCCCGCGAAGAAACGAGUCCUGAGGUUCACGCUGCCGUAAAGAAGAUUUUUGUUGGGGCGUUAAAAAAAGAUGUGACGAACGAGGACCUGUCGCAGUAUUUUUCGCAAUUUGGAACAGUGGUGGAUGCUUCUGUGGUCAUGUCGAAAGACAGAAAUGAGUCUCGUGGAUUCGCUUUUGUCACUUUUGAUGACACAGACGCAGUAGAUAAAGUUAUUCUCUCCAAGCCGCACAGCAUCAAUGAAAAUAAGAUUGACGUUCGCAAAGCAUUGAGCAAAGACGAGAUGAAUCGCAUUCGCGCUCGUCCUCCUCGUCCUGAUCCUCCUUUAAUGUCUGUUUGUCGCAUAGAUAACUCAUGGAGUGGUCAUCGUUAUGAUAGUGGGUAUAAUCAGGCUUAUGGCUACCAAGGUUAUGGAAAUUACGGUAAUGGAGGUGGUUAUGGUUAUCCUCAAGGAUAUGGUUAUGGCGAUCCUCUACCAUCUUGGGGACCUAGCUCAAAUGGAGACAGUGGUUUCGGUUCUUACCAGCAGUCCUAUGGUGGUGGUCCUAUGCGUGGAGGUCCGCAGCCUUAUCCUAGAUCUGCACCCUAUGGUCAAAAUAGCUGGCAGCAGCGCCAAUAA